CUUCAACUCUGCAACUCUCUCUCUCUCUCUCUCUCUCUAUGAAAUUAGAAGCUUAUUUUGUGCCUGAGACAUGAUAAUUGUUGAUGGCCUUCCCUUUUCCACAGACACUUCUGCAUCGCCUCAGGGACGGGAUAUCCUGGCUGCUUUAAUGGAACACCCUGCAUUGGUAUCUGCCUCAAAUUUGUUCAAGGCUAUCCCAGAGAGGAGAUUCUCAGUACCUGAAGAGUCAGGUCCAGAGAAAACACCACCUAGUAAAUGGGUUUAUCUAUUCCAGAGAGAAUAUGCAACUGUUGAUCCUGCAUUGGUGGAUUUUGUUGGCACUGAUGAAGCAACAACCUGUGUCGGUGUUGCCAUUCGGAAUCCAGGAAAUGGAAUGACCUCAGUUGCUCAUAUGGAUUCUCCAAAAAUUGUGGAUAUUGGUCUCUCCCAAAUGUUGUCACUCCUUGUUGACCACAAGAGUGAUAUGGAGUUAGAUGUGCAUCUGGUUGGUGGCUUUGAAGAUGUUUCACCUAAUCAUGGUAACUGCAACACAAGAUCAGAAAGUCAGGAAAAGUUGGCUGGUUAUUCCUUUCCUUUAUGUGCCAAAAUUGUUGAUACUCUAUGGAAUAGACAGGAAAAGUUUCACAUUCGAACUCUCUUCAUUCUUGGGCACAACACUAGAAGGGAUCUCGAGGGAAAUGCAUACCCUAUUUUCAAUGGGUUCAUGGUAGGAACUUCGACCAGAUCUAUUACUCCAGCCAGCUUUGACAGAACCUCAAGAUGUCCUGAUGAAAUUGUCAGGAGAAUUCGAGUUUCUUCAUCAUAUGAGGACUCCAGUUGGAAAGGCAAGUUAAUGGAAACAUAUGAUACUCAAACUGACCAAUUCAAAAUAGCUCCAUGCUGCUGGACCCUACGUCAACUACAUAUUUCUUUGUCACUUCAAGAUUAUUCUGAUUCAGAAAUCCUCCUUAUAUGUUCUACUUCUCCUUCUGCUGAGGGCCCAGAUUUUGUGGAAAAUAUGAGAAGGCAGUGGGAAUACCUGAUUGAACACCCAGAUUGGAGAGAAACCUUUCCUAUGAAGCAGCCACGCAUAUUUGGGAGAACUGCCGAAAGAGGCUGGAGAAGGCAAAAGGCGCUGAUACCAUAGGAGGUUUUUUCUCUUAUGCAGUACAUAUAUUUGUAUUCUUCCUGUGUCUCUCUUUUCUAUGCCCCCCUUUACUGGCAAACCAACUGGAUCCAUGUAUUUUUCCUUGCACCAAUUUUGUUAAUGUUUCCCUUCACCAUAAUUUCUUCUUCUUGGCCUUCGCCAUGAAAUGUUUGUUGGCACUGACGAAGCAACAACCUUUUUGGGUGUUGCCAUGGGAAUGGAAUGUGAGAAAUGGUUUUAUUGGAGACAUAAUUUGUUUGAGACCUU